CUCAGGCUUGGCACCAAGUUGAUCAUUCGAUUCAGUUCCUUCGUCAAAUCAACUUCAGUUCUGAAUUCGUCUGAAUCUUGAAAAAUCUUCCCACGUGUCUAUCAUCAUGAUUGCGCAUCGUGUCAUGUUGUCAUUAGUCGUGAUGUUGUUGAUGGCUUUAUCGGCUUUGGGUGGGCCAAUCGGCUCUUCCUACUACACCACCGCUGAUCCGCCAAAGUACUACACCACCGCUGAUCCGCCAAAGUACUACACCACUAAGGCCCCCGAGUAUUACUACACCACAACUACUGCAGCCCCAAGUUACUUCAAGGAGGACCCGAAGUACUACUCUGCUCCAAGCUACACCACUGAAACACCAAAGAAUUACGUAGCACCAACUUACUACACCACUGCUGCUCCUUCGUAUGACGUCCAUCCAAGUUACUACACCCCGGCUGUCCUCAGUUACUACACUGCUCCAAGCUACACUGCUCCAAGCUACUCUACUCCAAGCUACACUGCUCCAAGCUACACUGCUCCAAGCUACACUGCUCCAAGCUACACUGCUCCAAGCUACACUGCUCCAAGCUACACUGCUCCAAGCUACACUGCUCCAAGCUACACUGCUCCAAGCUACACUGCUCCAAGCUACACUGCAACUUACUACGCUAAGGCUGAUCCUGAAUACUACACCACAGUUGCUCCCCACUCCAAGUGCUAUUCAGCACCAACUUACUACACCAGCAAGACUGCCCCAGAGUACUACACGACUGCUGCUCCUUAUUAUGUUGAUCCCAUUUACUACACCAAUGCUGCCCCCAGCUACUACUCCGCUCCAAGCUACAUUACUGAAGCUGCCAAGUAUAGCCCAGUUCAAAAUUACUACACCACUGCUGCACCUUCCUACGCUGAUCCUAUUUACACCACGAAAGCACCUGAGUAUUACACCGCGGCUUCCUAUUACACCACAAGCAAAGCGCAAGAGUACUACACCACAACCUAUGCUGCUCCCAGUUACUACACCGAGAAUCCAAAGUAUUACAGCAACACCAAGGCUCCUGAGCACUACACAACAACCUACGCAACUCCUGCCUAUUACAAAGAGGACCCAAAGCCUUACCCCACAGCCAAUCAAUACGCUGAAGUUCGGAGAUAUUAAUUGAUCGUUGUUGUUUUCAUAUUAAUUAUUUAUUGGUUGAACCUGAUUGCCUGCCAAAAUAUAAUCAUUGUAAAUCC